AGCUCAACAAAUUCCAAUCCCCAUUCAAAAUCUCAUUACUUUUUUAAAAAAACUUCUCCACAGAAUCGAAGAUGCCGAGAAAAGGAAUGCGAAGCUUGUGCUUUUCCCCGAAACACUCAUCCUCCUCCACAUUCUCUCCGCCCUCCUCUACUCCGUCGCGGCCGAGCUUCUACGACUCCGUGAUGGACCGGACGCUCGAGCUGGCCGAGCCGAUCAUCACGAAAUGGAGCCCCGACACCACCGCACUCGCCCGAGUCACCUCUCUCUUCUACGAGAACCGCCGCGAGGCCAAGGAAUUCAUCAAAACCGUCAACAAUCUGCAGAAGGCGAUGCACUUCCUCGCCGCGGAGAAUUCGAGCUCCGAGAAGCUGAUCCGCGCGCAGAAUCUGAUGCAGAUCGCGAUGAAGCGGCUGCAGAAGGAGUUCUACCAGAUUCUAUCGAUGAAUCGCGCUCAACUCGACCCCGAAUCGGUCUCGACUCGGUCAUCGCGAACCUCCGUUGCUUCGAGUUAUUCCUCCUAUGAUGACGAAGAUGAAGACGCUGAGGCGGCGGAUGAGUCGAUUUCGGAGGUGGAGGAUGCUUCCAUGGCGGCGAUGGCGGAUUUGAGAUUGAUUUCCGAAUGUAUGAUCUCGUCUGGCUACGCCAAGGAGUGCUUGAAGAUCUAUAAAAUUAUCCGGAAAUCGAUCGUCGAUGAAGGAAUCUACAAGCUCGGAGUGGAGAAAUUGAGCUCCUCACAGAUUCAUAAAAUGGAUUGGAAUGUUCUAGAUCUGAAAAUUAAGAGCUGGCUGAGCGCGAUUCGCACCGCCGUGGCGACGCUCUUCCACGGCGAGAGGAUCCUCUGCGAUCAGGUCUUCGCCGCCGCGGAUUCCAUCAGAGAAUCGUGCUUCACCGAAAUCACGAAGGAAGGCGCAAUGAUUCUGUUUCAAUUUCCGGAAAUCGUAGCGAAGCACAGCAAACAGUCGCCGGAGAAAAUCUUCCGAGCACUCGACAUGUACACCGGAAUCGCCAACCACUGGCCGGAAAUCGAAUCGAUCUUCUCCUCCGAAACGACCGCAAUCAUCAAAUCGCAGGCGCUUAACUCGCUCGUGAAACUCGGCGAGUUCACCCGCGCCGCGAUAAACGAAUUCGAGGCGGCGAUCCAGAAGGAUUCGUCGAAAACUCCGGUCGCCGGCGCCGGAACUCACUUCCUCACGAUCGAUGCGAUGGAUUACUUAUCGAAUCUAGCCGAUUACAGCAACGUCCUCGCCGACAUCCUCGCCGAUCCACCGGCGUCGGCGAAGAAAAAACUGCCGGAAACCUACUUCGGCUUCUCCGAUUCAGAGGAAUCGCCGGCGCCGGCGAUCUCUCUGAAAAUGGCGUGGCUGAUCCUCGUCCUUCUCUGCAAGCUCGACACCAAAGCGAAUCACUACAAAGACGUUUCGUUAGCGUAUUUAUUCCUCGCUAACAACCUUCAAUACGUCGUCGUAAAGGUGCAAACCUCCAAUCUGAAAUAUCUCCUCGGCGAAGAAUGGGUGACGAAGCACGAAGGAAUCGUGAAGCAGUUCGCGGCAAACUACGAGCGGCUGGGAUGGGGCCAUGUCAUCGACGCGCUCCCGGCGGAUCCGACGGCCGCGGUAGCUCCGGUGAAGGCUGCCGAGAUCUUUAGAAAUUUCAAUUCGGCGUUCGAUCAGGCGCACAAGAAACAGGCGCACUGCGUUGUAGACGAUCGGAAGUUACGCGACCAUAUUAAGGUUUCGAUUGCGAGCAAGAUUUUUAGAUUGUAUCGCGAGUUUUACAACGUGAACCGCGAGAAUUUGGCGGUUGUGGUCAGAUAUGCCCCUGAGGAUGUCGGACAUCGUCUUUCGGAUUUGUUUAUUUGUCACCUCGAGUCACCGUCUUCAGAUUCUCGGCGCCCAAGAUCUCGUUGAAUGAAGAUAGAUUAGAUUUUUAAGAGCAAUAUAAUCACAAUUAUUAGAAUAGGAAAAAUGGGGGACACAUUAUCCAUGACAAUAUGAGUAUAUAUAAUUGAUAAUUGUGUUGAUAAAUGAAGCUUCCAAGUGAUUUUCACUAGUGAAAUUAUUAUAUUCA